AAUCAAAAGUUUUGCAAAAAUUUUGGCAAAGUGAUAAAAGUUCAAGUUUUACGAUCUUGAAAUAAUUAUAAGACUGAAUGUUAAAGUUGUUAUUGCUUUAAUUAGUGUUCUGUGUGUCACGAAUCCCAACAAACGUACCCAUUUCAAACAGUCUUCUUCGUUACAAUGACUUCGGUUUUGAGAAGAUCAUUUUUGAAUAAAUCAGGUGCAAAUUACCUUCUAGGAACUUCGUCAGCUGUAUCCCAAAAAUGGAACACUCAACAGAAAAGAAACCUGAACGUCCACGAGCAUAUAAGUUAUUCUUUCUUGCGCGACGCCGGAAUUCCGGUUCCAGAAUUUGGAGUAGCGAAAUCAAAACAAGAAGCAGGAGAGAUCGCUAAACGUUUGAAUGUCAAAGAUAUCGUUCUAAAAGCUCAGGUUUUAGCCGGUGGUCGUGGAAAGGGCCACUUUAAAGGCGGCUUGAAAGGAGGUGUUAAAAUGGUCUACACACCCGAAGAAGCCGAAAAAUUAGCCGGUCAGAUGAUUUCUGAUUAUUUGAUCACCAAACAAACGGGCGAAAAGGGACGUAUCUGUAACGCUGUGAUGGUGGCCGAACGUAAAUUCCCUAGAAAAGAGUAUUAUUUUGCCAUCAUGAUGGAAAGAGCUUUUUCAGGUCCAGUUUUGAUAGCUUCUUCUCAAGGUGGCGUAAAUAUCGAAGAAGUUGCCGCAGAGAAUCCUCAAGCUAUCUUAUACGAACCGAUCAAUAUUACCGAAGGUUUAAGCAAAGAUCAAGCUUUAAAAGUAGCAUCAUCCGUCGGUCUUGACGAUAAAAAAGAACAAACAGCCGACAUGCUUCUACGAUUAUACGAUCUUUUUUUGAAAAGAGAUGCUCUUCUAAUCGAAGUAAAUCCUUACGCCGAAGAUGCGUCCGGAAAAUUUUAUUGUUUGGAUGCUAAAAUGAGAUUCGACGAUAACGCUGAGUUCAGACAGAAAGAUCUUUUCGCUCUCCGGGACUGGACGCAAGAAGAUGAGAAAGAAGUGGAAGCUGCCAAACACUCUUUAAAUUACAUCGCUUUGGAUGGCGAUAUUGGCUGUUUAGUAAAUGGAGCUGGUCUUGCUAUGGCUACCAUGGAUAUUAUUAAAUUACACGGAGGUGAACCUGCUAACUUCUUAGACGUAGGAGGAGGUGCUACUGCUCAACAAGUGAAAGAGGCUUUCAAAAUUAUCACCGCUGAUCCUAAAGUAUGUGCCAUAAUGGUGAAUAUUUUCGGUGGCAUCAUGAGAUGCGAUAUUAUUGCCGAAGGUAUCAUCGCUGCUGCCAAAGAGUUGAACUUGAAAGUUCCUAUCAUCUGCCGAUUACAAGGAACAAACGUAGAUGAUGCUAAAGUACUAAUCGCUUCAGCAGCAAUGAAAAUUCUACCUGUUGAUAAUCUCGACGAAGCAGCUCGUUUAGCUGUCAAGCUCUCCAGCAUCGUAGGCUUAGCUCGACAAGCUAAAUUAUCCGUCAACUUUGAAAUACCUAUUUAAAAUCCAAAUGUAAGUCCAUCGUAUUUCGACAAAUUUCGAAUAUAUACUCGAGAUUUAUUCGAAUUGCUCUGUUUGUUUCCGUUUUAGAUUCACAUCCUACGAAAUAAAUCACCCUAUUUAACGAGUAUUCGAAACGUGUGAAAUUCCAACGCAUGUUACCGUUUUACUUUUUGAAUAUACGCGUACAUUUGUAUUAUUAUGUUUUUAAUUUAGUACAUAUGUACUUCUGUUUCAUUACUAGUCAUCAAGCAAAAUAUAUUACAUGUGUGUUAGUUGAUAAAAUUGCCAAUGACCGAAAUGUGAAACUUUUUAUACUUCUGAACACGAAUAGUAGGUUAGAUUUAUUUAAGUAUUAUUCUCGUAAUGCGAACUAUUGACGUAAUAUUGGUUACAACGUGCGACAACUUGCGUUUUUAAAAAUGUUAUUUAUGGUUUUGGGUUCUUCGGCCGGUAUUAUUGUUUAAAAAAUAAGAUUCGUGUUGUAAAAUAUUUCUAUAGUUUCGUCUCUAUUCUGCGAACAAAAACGAGAUACGUCGUUCCAUCCGAUAGCUUUAUGUUGUGCUAAUCACGCGCCUAUUUUUUUGCAUAUUAAGAUUUUAAAAAUGUAUGCUUUUGUUUUAUUAUUCAAAGAAUACCAUUGCUUCGAUUCAUCAUACAAUGUACGUUAUUUGUCUGUCCUUUGUUGCCCUUCUGUACAGCAUCUAAUACCCAUUAAAUACAAUAUUGUUUUUGUUGCGUUUGA